AUGGGCAUAACCUGGUUCAUCACUGGCUGUUCCAGCGGGUUUGGCGAAGCCUUGGUUCGUCAACUUCGAUCUGCAGGCGAUAACGUCAUAGCCACUGGCCGCAACGCCGAUACAAAGCUCUCGCACCUCAAAGAAACUGGCGCAACUAUUCUAGACCUCGAUGUUUCAUCCUCCCUUGAGGUCAUCAAGUCCAAAAUAGACGAGGCUUGGAGUAUCUACGAUGGAAUUGAUGUUGUAGUCAAUAACGCGGGGUAUAUCCUCAGUGGGGCAGUGGAAGAGCUGACUCAAGAAGACAUGGAAAAGUCAUUCAAGGUCAACUUCCAUGGACCUAUGAAUAUCACCCGCGCCGUCUUGCCGUACUUGAGGAAGCAGCGGUCUGGAACUUUGCUAUUUGUCGGAUCUCAGGCUGGCUGGCAUGCUGACCCCAGCGCCGUCGAGUGUCUAUCCAAAGAACUCGCCAUCUUCGCUCCAGGCCUAAAAGUCCUCAUCGUCGAGCCAGGAUACUGCCGCACUCCAGUUUUCAACAAAAUCCAGCACGUCGACGCUCGUGUUCCAGAGUAUGCUCAGUUCAAUGAAGCGGUUCGACAGGCUGAGGCGACUUUGACAGAGAAUUCGCCAGGAGAUCCUGAAAAGGCCGUUGCUAGGAUGAUCGAGCUAGUGAAAGGGACUGGCGUUGCAGAGGGUAAGACACUGCCUUUGAGGGUACCUUUGGGGUCGGAUAGUUGGUCGAGAGUGAAGAGCAAGUGUGAAGAAACGCUGGAAAUUUGCCGUGAAUGGGAGGAAUUGGCGAAGAGCGUCGAUGUAUAA